UCCUCCAUCCCCCCCUCGCCAUAAACCGGCUCUGCACUGCGCUACGCUCCUCGCUGCGAGUGCGGCGCGCACAGAUGGCGACGCGCGUAGCGGGGAGAGAUUUCCACGCUGUUCCCCGUUCUUCACCGUCGUCUUCCUCGCGUUCCCUUCAAGCGAGAUGAAGGCAAGGCGCUCGGCUCGCCCGGCCAGCGAGGAGAGAGAAGGGGGAGCGAGCGGCGAGGGGAGCCAAGGAGGAGCGGAAUAGGAAAGCGGAGAGAGGGGGGAUUGUGUCCGAGACGCGUGCGCACGCACUUCGCGACGGUGUUCUCCGUGCCGCGUAAACACCGCAAAGCAACGGAGCGGGUGGAUCGACUGACUGACUGACUGCGCUGGCGGAUACAACAACAACACACACGCACACACACGGAGACACGCGUCGAUGCGAUACACACGAUAGUCGCAGAUAACGUAGAAAACGAGCGGUGGCUGCUUCAGGCUAUAAAUACAACACACCAGCUGAACACAUACAUACAUACACACGCGCAUAGAUACUGCAUAGCCAAAAGCAAACGCAUAGUCGCAAACACUUAAGCACACGUCUAAAAAAACACGCACAACCACAACAACCAUCUACUGUCAGAGCUAUAAACACCCACCACAUCAUAUGCACAGCCAUACACUCUCACAGCUCUAAACACCCAGCACACCACACACACACACAACUAUAAACGCCGGUCAUACGGAACACACAAAAACAAAACACACUCAUCUUGCACAAGCGCAAACACUCAAGGGCACAACACACACACACAACCACACACAUACACACAACCACACACACACAACCACACACAUACACACAACCACACACACACAACCACACACAUACACACAACCACACACACAUAACCACACACACACAUAACCACACACACACAACCACACACACACAUAACCACACACACACACAACCACACACACACAUAACCACACACACACAUAGACACACACACACAUAACCACACACACACAACCACACACACACAACCACACACACACAUAGACACACACACACACAACCACACACACAUAACCACACACACACAACAACACACACACAUAACCACACAUACACAUAACCACACACACACAUAACCACACACACACAACUACACACACAACCACAUACACAACCACACACAACUACACACAUAACCACACAUACACACAUAACCACACACACACAUAACCACACACACACAUAACCACACACACACACAUAACCACCCACACACAUAACCACACACACACAACUACACACACAACCACAUACACAACCACACACACACACACAACUACACACAUAACCACACAUACACACAUAACCACACACACACAUAACCACACACACACAUAACCACACACACACACAUAACCACCCACACACAUAACCACACACACACAACUACACACACAACCACACACACAUGCGCAGUCCUGUGUGCUCCUGAAGGAGAGGAAUCUGAGAUUCUUAGAUCCACAGAGAGAUCGGGGUGGCAGGGUGAGAGAGAGAGAGAAACUGGGCUCUUCCCGGCGUCACCAGGUGCCGACUCCCGUGGCGUGACAUCAAAGAGGGUCCUGCACCAUGGAUAGCACCGCAGUGGGCCACUGCGCUCAGGACGUAACCGUCUUGUGCCGACCUACAACCGGAGACCACGGAGACGGAACGAUGUGCAGUGGCUUCUCACCGUCUAGCUCCUGCCGUUCCACCACCUCCUCCUACUCAUCCCUGUCGUCGUCGUCGUCGUCGUCAUCAUCGUCGUCGUCGACAUCGUCACCCAAGGCUUCAUCCUCUUGCUCGUCUCCCUGCACCGGCGCGGAGAUCGGCGGCGACGCGUCGCGCGGAGGGUCCGCGAUGGAGGAGGGCGAGAGAUGGCUCCUUGGCGAGGUGGAUAGGUUGAGUCGGGAGCUGGCGGAGACGAGCAAGCAGAAGAUCCAGGCUGCCGAGUACGGUCUGGUCGUGCUGGAGGAGAAGCAGAUCCUGCAGCAGCAACACGACGAGCUGGAGCAGGCGUCCGAAGUCAUGCGCAAGGAACUGCAGAUCCUCAAGGAGGCGUUUGGGCAGGCGUACUCGAACCACAAGCGCGCGGCGGAGGAUGGGGAGACGCGCGAGGAGACGCUGCUGGAGGAGUCGGCGUCGCGCGAGGCGCUGCACCUGGCACGGGUUCUGCGCCUCGAGGGCGAGCUCAAGGCGGCGCGCACGGCGCUCAGCAACGCCCUCGCCGACGUCGAUCGACUCACCGUGCUCGCCACUCAGCUCAAGGAGAACUCGGAGAAGCUGGAGCGGCAGCGCAGCUGUCUGCGCGACGAGAUCAAGCAGUACAAGGUGCGCGAGUCCCGCCUGCUGCAGGACUACGGGGAGCUGGAGGAGGAGAACAUCUCGCUCCAGAAGCAGGCCUCCACCCUGCGCCAGAACCAGGUGGAGUUCGAGGGGCUCAAGCACGAGAUCCGUCGCCUGGAGGAGGAGACGGAGUUCCUCAACAGCCAGCUGGAGGAGUCCCUGCGGCUCAAGGCGAUCUCCGAGCGGCAGCUGGAGGAGGCGCUCGAGACGCUCAAGUCGGAGCGCGAGCAGAAGAACGCGCUGAGACGCGAACUCGGAAACUACGGCUCCGUGGCCGGAGGCGGCGGCGCUGUGGAGGUCAUCCAGGGCCUCUUCUCCAAUGGUCACCACCACCACCAGCAACAGCAGCAGCAGCAACCUUUAGGGAUAUCGGCUCUGGAGCUGAGCUCGGCGCUGGUUGGUGACCCGUCGCCGGCGGAGGAGGACGCGCCGAACGGCGAGGGCCCCUCCCUCAACGGCCACGACGGCCGCAGCAACGGCCAUGCCGAGGGCACCGACGCCCCGGGCGAUCAGCGCUCCUCGCCGGCGCCCAGCCUCGUGUCGGAUCUGCUGAGCGAGCUGAGCUUCAGCGAGAUGAAGAAACUGCAGCAGCAGCUGUCACAGAUGGAGAAGGAGAAGGCCUCGCUGCUGCUCAACCUGCAGGAGUCGGAGAAGCAGCUGGAGCAGACGAGGGGCGUCCUCUCGGAGCAGCACGAGCGCGUGAGCAAGCUCGCGGAGCACGUGCAGUCGCUGAGCGGAAGCGGCGCCGCCGCCGACGGCGCCGACGGCGGCGGCCAGCAGCAGCAGCAGCGGCGGCGGCAGACGGACGCGGCCGACGCGGCGUCGCACGAGUUCGGCGCCCUGGUCGCCGACCUGGCCCGGCUGCAGGAGGACCUGAAGAGCUCGCGAGCGCUCGGCGAGGAGUACCGGGAGCUCUUCGACAAAGAGCGGACGAGGCACGAGCGCGAGCUGGUUGCCGUCGGAGAGAAGCUGCGCUCCCUCGAGCGGGAGAACCGGAGCCAGCGCGAGCGCAAGCUGGGCCUCGAGAAGGAGGUGCAGGGCCUAGCGGCGGCCGCGGCCGAGAGCCAGGGCAGCCUGAGCGUGGCGCAGGAAGAGCUGGUGACGUUCACCGAGGAACUGGCCGGCCUCUACCACCACGUGUGCCUGUGCAACAACGAGACGCCCAGCCGCGUCAUGCUCGACUUCUACAAGGACCCGAGGAGCCGGCGCUCGCCGACGCCGGCGGCCAAGGACGCGGAACAGCCGGUCGGCGGUGGCGGCGGCGGCGCUCCGCUCCGGCGCGGCGAAAAGGGCGCCGCCGUGGCGACGGACCGCCCCGCGGCGGCGCCGUCGCCGACCGCCGAGCUGCGCCGGGAGCCGAUGAGCGUGCACAGCCUGGUGUCGGUGAUCCGCGACCAGGUGCACCACCUGCAGCGCGCCGUCGAGCGCUCCGCGGCGCUGUCGCGGCAGCGGGCGCGGGCGGCGCACGACGCCGCGCCGCCAUCCGGCGACCGCGAGGCGCUCAUGGAGGAGAUCCUGAAGCUCAAGUCGCUGCUGAGCACCAAGCGCGAGCAGAUCGCCACGCUGCGCACCGUGCUCAAGGCCAACAAGCAGACGGCCGAGGUGGCGCUGGCGAACCUGAAGAGCAAGUACGAGAACGAGAAGUCGAUGGUGGCAGAGACGAUGAUGAAGCUGCGCAAUGAGCUGAAGGCGCUGAAGGAGGACGCGGCGACGUUCUCCUCGCUGAGAUCCAUGUUCGCCACGCGGUGCGACGAGUACGUGUCGCAGCUCGACGAGAUGCAGCGCCAGCUGAACGCGGCCGAGGACGAGAAGAAGACGCUGAACUCGCUGCUGCGCAUGGCGAUCCAGCAGAAGCUGGCGCUCACGCAGCGCCUCGAGGACCUGGAGAUGACGGACGUGGACGGCUCGCGGCGCACCCGGGCCCGACCCCGCGUUGCUGCCGGGUCGACCGCCGCAGUCGCCGCGUCGCACUCCAAAUUUCUUGCCGUGCGCCACCACUCCAUGCUGACUCUCUCCUCCAGCCACUCCUCCCACGGACGCGCUCUUGGCGUCGCUCGCGAGAGCGCUAGCUCGUCCCGCCAAGCCAAGACGCACUCGGGUCACGUGCCGCCGGAGCCGUCGCCGCUCGGCGCAACAAACUCGGGCCUAGCCAGGCCGCCGCCGCCGUCGCUCUCCGGGACUCACUCGGAGCCUCGCACCAGGCCCUAGGCCUUGCGCAUAAACCUAGGGCUUGGGCCUACGAUUGUGCAACCGCAGGCGGCGUGCGCGCGCCCUCACAAUCGCACCGGCUGGGAUCCGCCCGCCGACAACUAUUUAAAGUUGAACCUUAUGGCGGGACCCCGGGGUUCCCAUAAGCCCCCGGCUCUCGCAUAAACUGCGUUACGACGUCAUUUUAUGCCUGUUGAAAGCGAACGAUACGGCAGUCUAUUCCUCUCGACGAGCUCUACACGAUGCGCUAAUCAAAGUUUCACAGUUUUGUUUCUUCUGCGCAUUCGUCCUCGCUGCUGCGCUUGGACGACACGACAACGGAAUGGUCCGUGCCAGGCGGGUCACGGCGUUCAUGUGCGCGGUGGGACGGAGUCACCAAUUUUUUUAAAUUAAUUACGAUUUUGACUUCCGUUUAUUCGGGAACCCGGGGUUCCGCCAUAAGGUUCAAAUGUAUACAGCGUCCAAAUGUGACUGCACCGAGUCUUCCGUCCGUUUAAAAAGGCAACAGCCCUCGCUCUGCCUCCACUUCAGCAAACGUUGAAAUUUUCCCGCGACGAGAAGGCGUCAUAGAGAUAUUGUGCUGCGUUUACAUGAUUAGCAGCUUUAGAAGUGGUAUUGAUAAAUUCAGGUUAUUUUCUCUUUACAUUUAGAAAUACGAAAAAAAGAAUUACUUGGUCUACUCAGUCAAAAGUAGACAUUAACAGUUACAAUGAGCACAUCGAUGAUCCAGGAUACUUAACAUAACGCUUGUAUUUGUUACUUCAGUUUUUAACACUCGUUAAAUUAAAUAUCAGUUAGGGGGCAGUUAAUACAGAGAUUCAUGUAUGUAUUAUGCGCAAUAACAAUUUAUUAAGUACAUUAUCACUGUCGUUUUUGGCCAGUUAGAAGCCAAAUAUUUUUGGUCACAAAAUAAUCUUGGUUUUAGAUAUUCAGGACCAUCAAUGCCUAUUGCUAAUGCAGGAGGCACUUCAGCAUACGAAUUGAACACUAGAUAAAAGUCUCACAAAGUCUAAUAAGCGGAUGUUAUUUCAUCAACAGGAUCAUAACGCUAUCGACCAAAGACUACGGCAAUGGAGGCAACUUUGAGUCGAGAAACAAAACCCAGGUUUCCAAAUUCAAUUUCAAUCGGGGCUCACGCAAGGCCUCAGGCUUUUCAUGAACUUGCAGAUAGUUCUAUUUGAUUUCCAUUUUCGGUCAAACGCCGGUUUGGUUGGAACCUCUGAACAGACAGAGAGAGAGCGGUGAAAACAGCCAUGCACUCUCAGCCAGCAAUUUACGCACUGAAAUUUAUUUUCGCUUUCCGUCCGAAGCAAACGUGCCCCUCAGGUGUCCGGCUUACGUCCUGCUUGCCACCUUGAGCUGCGUCUAUUUCCGCGAGAAACAUUUCGAUUAUUUUAUUUAUCCCUCCGCUGUUGGCGUUUUACCCGAUGUUGUGUUAUUGUUUGUUUGUUUGUUCCCCCCCCCCCCACCCGCCUUUGCGUGCCGCUUUAUCUUACGUUUAAAAACAACAACCGGCAUUGUUUUCUCCCUCUUUACAGGUACCUUGGCAUUGAAUUAGGGUAGUCGUUCAUCUUGGCCGUAGCGACCCUUGCGUGUGUGUGCGGGGUGCGUGUUGUAGCGAGGUGUGUUUCACAGGCGAUACCCCCGUGACGUGGACACCGAUUUGGUUCGUCGCCCACUUUGUUUUUCAAAUUAAACAAAACCUCUCGUUUUGUACGAUCGUGAUCCAGGAUUGCACACCCGACGGCAAAAGUAUUACCCCGCGUGUUGUUUUCUACGUUGCGUUUGAACAGUCAUUUAAUGCAGACUUUCACGUAUUUUAAAGUGUUACGAAACAAAAAAAUAUGCAAAGUUGCGCAGUUUCAGCAUUCUUUGUAUUGCGGUGAUUUUUUUAAAGAUACGAACAAAAAAAAGAAUACGGAUAGCGUGCGUUUUCAAUUGCACAAAGAGAAAAACUAACUUUUUCUAUCGUGGGCAAUGCAUACCCUUCUGUUAAAUUGGUUCCAAAUUGGAAUGUUUGAAGUGCCACUGCCCAUCGCAGUGAUCGUCAGAUUUUACCUGCAUGCAGAGUAACGAGAGAAAUAAUUCUGACAACGUUUGAAACUUCGUUUUUCUUUGACACCAGUUGUGCCUUGUUUAUAUAUUUCAAUCACUUUAGCGGUCUUGCCACUUUCUAUUUCAAAACAAUUUGCACCUGCUCGCAGAUGCGUGUACUCAUUUUUGUUGUUGGUAUUUUAAAUAUUUAUUUUAUUGUUUUAUAAUUACGGUUUUCUUUACCGACUUUUUAAUGUCCUUAACGAAAGUAGACUACAGCUUACUGUAAAAAAAAUAUAAACAUUGUUUUCCUAAAAAUCUCUUGCAAAACAGAGGCCUGUGUUUUAGUUGACAUACAGCUCGCAAUUUGGUAAAGGCCAAACAGAAAUUUGCAAAAACAGGUAUGCUGUUUGAAGCAUAGUCCUUGGAUAUUAAUAGCUGUUACAACAUUUUUUUAAAGUGUAUAAAUACGCGUAAUUAUGAUGGCAAACUUGAACCCAUCGUAUCGCGCUUUAAGAAAGCUUCAAGCGCAGCAAUGUUCCGUUUGACCUCCGUCGUGUUCGUUUGUGCUUGUGUUGCUGAAAUGGAAAAGUCGUUGAGUGUUUCACUCUCCCGUCGCUGCUCGAGUACGUCUUGGGCAGCGGCCGUCCGUUUUUUUAUUUUCCAAUCAAAAGAAACUAUCAUCUUCACGCCAUGCAAAGCAAAACUUUAUUUAAACGUUACAAAAGAAUAAAGCGUAAAGAAGAAAAAAAAAUAUCAUAUAUUAAAAAGAAUAUGAUUAACCAAACCAUUUUUGCGAUAUUUAUUGUUAUAAAAAAAAAUUAAGAAAUACUACUACUUUUGUUUACAAUUUUAAAAACGAAAACCUAAAAAAAAAAAAAUCCGAUUUGGAAAAGUUGUUGGGAGUUUUAUCACGGGAUGGGGCUUCCAUGAAAAUCGUUGCCUCGUUGCUGGCACAUCUCGGGACGAUGAGCCCUUUGCAGUGCACGCGCGCAACAGAACCACCGUCACCCUCAUAGGCUGUGCAAUGCUAUCACCAAUGCUAGACAACGUGUGUGCGAUUUGUUAUGGCACGUAGAUGCACAUUGCUCGUAGGCGGCAAUGUCUUGAGCCCAGGGAAAUGCACGGAAGGACCAAAAGUACAAUUACAAUGCAAUGGAUGUGGAAAUGAUUUAUAUGUCUCUCUCUAUUUUCAUAUAUUUACGAAGAAACGUUGACAAACCGUAAAUAAUUCAACUUUAUACAAACUAAAAGAGAGGAGUAAUUAAAAAAAAACUCACAAUGAUCAUCAUUAAUGCCGCUUUAUAACAGACUGGUUUAUUUGGCAAUGGCACUUUCUUUAAAGCCGAGAGAGAGAGAGAAUACAAAGAGAUGUAUUGAUUUAUAGUUGAUUGACUUGUAGACUUAUAGUUGGAGAUCACAUUUUACACCGUGGGGGGGCCCUGCUGUGAAAACUGGGAAAUGUUUUAAGAAAGUUCUUGUUGACAUGUUGAGCAGUUUUCUACCAGUAGACACUUGAGUAUCAAAUGCACCAUCGGGGCAUCAAAACCGAAUUGUAUAUUUCAAGCAAAAAUUGUCAAAUUUCAUCGUAACCACUGGGCAUCGUGGAAAUAACCAGUUGGCUGUGCAGUACCACCGAUAGGUAUUGUGAACUGGCUAAUGUGGGGGCGAACUUACACCGAGCUAACAGAUCCAUUGGCAUUUGACGGAACCGAAAAAAAACAACCUAAUUUCACCACAAAAUGUCAAAAGCUUUCCCAGUUUACCAGAUGCCCACUGCCACCAGCGGGUUGCUUUUGCCCCCUCCGCUGUCGAAGUAAAUAAUUCCUGCGUAAGUUAUCGCCUCUGAAGCCUUCCGUGGAUUUCGCUGGCUUUUUUUUGCCAACGUGUGUGCUGUAACGACAUAAGAUAGAGGAAUAUUGUGUAGCAAAUUGUCUUGCAUUGAAGUGUCCGUAUAUACACAGCAUGCACGGUGUGUGGCGCGGUCGUGCCCUCCAACGGAUGCGACGUACCCGUCAUUGAAUUGGUACAAACCGGUCCUGUUCUGGCAUUGAUUGGCUAUUGAAAAUAAACAUUUAAACUUCA